CACGCACUCCACGAUACACUGCAAUCCAUCAACAUAGCUAUAUCGAGCAUAAAUUUGUGCAAGUCUCAUCGUCCGUCCUUUGUUAGAAAAGCAUCCAUAAGGACCAAACCUUCCCAAGGCUUUCAAAGAAGGAGACUGUACACACUCACCUUACAGUUGCCCCGACAACAAACAUAAACAUUGAGGGCCCCUAUCUAGAAAUCCUCACCUUCUACACCAUAAAGUAGCCAUGUCGCAAUCCACUUCAUCGCGGUCGAAAUCAUCGUCCUCUAAGAAGGACCCUUCCAAGGUUCAUAAGCUUGCAUUGAAGGGAUCUUCAAAGGUUGUCAAUGAGUUUUUCGAAUAUUCGAUAAACACGAUCCUGUUUCAACGUGGCGUUUACCCAGCAGAGGAUUUCACUGCAGUCAAGAAGUAUGGCUUGACGAUGAUGAUAACGGCCGAUGAUCAGGUCAAGGCAUAUAUCAAGAAGAUCAUGGGCCAGCUGAAAGAAUGGAUGUACGGUGGAAAGAUAUCUAAGCUGGUUGUUGUAAUCACCAGUAAAGAGACAGGCGAACAUGUGGAGCGAUGGCAGUUUGAUGUACAAAUUUUUGGAAAAGGCUCCAAGAGUAAGACAUCAAAACGGUCGACCGAGAAAGAGAAUUCCGCACCAGAGGCCAAUGAAGGCACAGCCGACAAGACGGAUGAAGAGAUCCAGGCCGAGAUUCAGUCUAUUUUCCGCCAGAUCACUGCCUCUGUUACCUUCCUGCCGAUGUUAGACGGUAAUUGCACCUUCAACGUUUUGGUCUAUGCGGAUGCGGACUCAGAAGUGCCGCUUGAAUGGGGCGACAGUGAUGCAAAGGAGAUCAAGAAUGGGGAAAAGGUGCAGCUGCGAAGUUUCAGUACGAGCAACCAUCGUGUCGAUACUCUCGUUAGCUACAGGUAAGCCUCAUCUCCCUGUUACAUUAAUGGUACUGACGGAUUCCAGGCUAGCCGACUAAUUGGUUUAUCUUCUGGGUUCCACGAGUACGGCGUGUUGUCGCACAGGAAGAUGUGUUCGGGAGUAAGGCGUCUAGGAUCAUCAACUCACUGCAAGCUUGGUACAUUGAAGGCGUAUUAUAACUUUUCGGCCUCCUGCUGAUCACAGAUGGUAUACUCUGUAAUUUAACGAUCAACUUUCUCGAUUCUGAACAGAACUACGGAAGCAACUAUACAC